GUUGGACUGAGGUCAGUCAGAUUCCUUUCCAUCACUUAGAAUGUCUGUGUCCUCUGUGCUUGAGUGUGAUGUCAUAAUUCCAGACGGAAUCCAGGGUGACCCCUGACCUUUCAUGGUCACCCUUUUCUUUUUGACUUUGGAAAAUAGCUUUUCAUUAGCUCUAUAUUUUACUACAAAGAGACUUGUUGGACAUUUUUUAUCGCCUGUGAGCAGCUGCUCGACAAUAUUCCUAGUGAACUUUUGUUAUUGUAAUACAUUGGAUCAUGAUCUAACUUUUAUAUCCCUCUUAUUAAGUUGUUUACAGAUAAGAUUGCCGUCUACUGAUGUACAAUUUCAACACUUUCUCAGUCAUAAUUGCCUCACCUCUAGUCAUAAUCCACCCUUCAUUCUAAUCCUCUACACUGUACUUUCGGCGCCACUCCCACUUAAUGUAAGUCGUUUCAUUCACACACUGAUCGCAACUUGAGUCCCCGCCAAUGAAACCUUUAUAUGACGCCUGUUCUGUUGAGGGCGCGCAACACAAACAUGUCUUUGUGCGCAGAUUUAUGAUCCACAGCUGCGUGGAAUGCAGAGGAAAGUAUGCGCCAUCGGCCCGCGGGCGGUUCUGUCGUCGAUCGAACCUAAAGAAAAGUUCGCCCCGACACGAAUUGAGGGUCCGUGGAGGUUAUAUAACGCAGGGAGAUCAGCAGGUGCUAAAUUGAAGCUGGUCUUCUGGGCGCGCGUGUAUUUCUGGAUGGUGGCACAGCCUUUACGCACGGAGGACGGUUCCCUCUGAAAGAAAAAAAGUGGGCCGGACAGGAGGUGACACAGUCUGCAAUCCGACACGACCGCGCGUGUGUGUUGUUCCCUCCAUGUGGCUUCACUAGAGACGGAGGGAAAAAAGCCUCCGUGGGUUGGAACCAGACGGGGGAGAAACUUUAGGGGGCGUUUACCAGCGCGGAGCAGCGCUUCUCCGGCGCUGCAGCGGGAACACACGCAGAAGGACGGCGCGGAUGGAGGAGACGGUGAUCGAGCCUGCCUGGCGCAGGGGGCUCAGCGGGGCCUUCACCUACCGGAAAAUGAACUUGAUCCACGAAAUGAGCAGCGGGGAAGUGGUGUCGCAUCUCCACAGCCGCAUGUGCUGCGUGGAUGAACGGGACAGAGUUCAGAAGAAGACCUUCACGAAAUGGGUCAACAAGCACCUUAUAAAGGCACAGCGGCAUGUCAGCGACUUGUACGAGGACCUCAGAGAUGGACACAACCUCAUCUCCCUGCUGGAGGUCCUGUCUGGAGAGACACUGACGAGGGAACUUUUCAGGAACUUGCGGUUGCCGCGAGAGAAAGGCCGGAUGCGCUUCCACAAGCUGCAAAACGUCCAGAUCGCCCUGGACUUCCUCAAACAUAGACAGGUGAAGUUGGUCAACAUCAGAAACGACGACAUUGCAGAUGGAAACCCGAAACUGACCCUUGGGCUGAUAUGGACGAUCAUCCUGCACUUCCAGAUAUCGGACAUCCAGGUGAACGGCCAGUCGGACGACAUGACGGCCAAAGAGAAGCUGCUGCUGUGGUCUCAGCGGAUGGUGGAGGGCUACCAGGGUCUGCGCUGCGACAACUUCACCACCAGCUGGAGGGACGGCAAGCUCUUCAACGCCAUCAUACACAAGUACAGGCCCAAUGUGAUCGACAUGAACAAAGUUUACCGUCAGACCAACCAUGAGAACCUGGAGCAGGCCUUCAGCGUGGCCGAGAAAGAGCUCGGCGUCACCAGACUGCUGGACCCCGAAGAUGUUGACGUCCCUCAUCCCGAUGAGAAGUCCAUCAUCACGUACGUCUCAUCGCUGUAUGAUGUCAUGCCCAGAGUGCCGGAUGUUCAGCAGGGCGUGAAAGCCAACGAGCUGGAGCUGCGGUGGCAGGAGUACUACGAGCUGGUCACCAUGCUGCUGCAGUGGAUGAGACACCACAUCCUUGUUUUCGAAGAGAGAAAGUUCCCCACCAACUACGAGGAGAUUGAGGUUCUUUGGCGACAGUUUUUGAAGUUCAAGGAAACAGAACUUCCUGCAAAAGAGGCGGACAAGAACCGCUCCAAACAGAUCUUCAAGUCUUUUGAGGCGGCGGUCCAGGCUGGUCACGUCAAGAUACCACCAGGUUACCAUCCCUUCGACGUGGAGAAGGAAUGGGGACGACUGCACGUGGCCAUCCUGGAGCGGGAGCGCCUCCUGAGGAUGGAGUUUGAAAGGUUGGAGCGACUGCAGAGGGUGGUCAGCAAGGUCCAGAUGGAGUCUGGGGUGUGUGAGGAGCAACUGAACCAGGUGGAAGCUCUGCUGCAGACGGAUGUUAGGAUGCUGAGCUCGGGGAAACCCGCCCAGCACGCUUCUGAGAUGGAGGCUGACCUGGAGAAGGCAGAAAGCAUGAUCAGGUUCCUGUUCAAUGACGUCCAGCUUCUUAAGGAUGGGCGCCACCUGCAGGCCGAGCAGAUGUAUCGCAGAGUGUACCGUCUCCACGAGCGGCUGGUCAACCUCCGGAGUGAGUACAACCUUCGCCUCAAGUCCGGCGUGACCACCAGCCAGGUCCCCUUGACCCAGAUGCAAAUGACCCACGUCCAAAUGGGCCACAUCCACAAAACCGGAGCAGAGAAUGUCCAAGUCGUGCAGCAGGCCCCCGUCACUCUGCGGCCGGAACUGGAUGAGGUCACCAUGCGAUACGUCCAAGAUCUGCUGGGCUGGGUGGAAGAGAAUCAGCGUCGGGUGGACGAUGGAGAGUGGGGAUCGGACCUGCCGACUGUGGAGUCCCAGCUGGGCAGCCAUCGCGGGCUUCACCUGUCCAUUGAGGAGUUCAGGUCCAAGAUAGAAAGAGCCCAGUCUGAUGAGAGUCAGCUCUCGCCUGCUAGCAAAGCAGCCUACCGCGACUAUCUGGGCCGACUUGAACUGGAGUACGGCAAGCUCCUGACUGCCUCCAAGGCUCGCCUGCGGUACCUGGACCAGCUUCACGCCUUCGUGGUCGCCGCUACCAAAGAGCUGAUGUGGCUGAACGACAAAGAAGAAGAGGAGGUCAACUAUGACUGGAGCGAGCGCAACACCAACAUGCCUUCCAAGAAAGAAAACUACUCGGGCUUGAUGAGAGAGCUGGAGCUGCGGGAGAAGAAGAUGAACGGGGUCCAGGCCACUGGAGACAAACUGCUGCGAGACGGACAUCCCGCCAGGAAGACCAUAGAGGCGUUCACUGCUGCCUUGCAAACUCAGUGGAGCUGGAUCCUCCAGCUGUGCUGCUGCAUUGAAACCCACCUGAAAGAAAACACCGCCUACUUCCAGUUUUUCUCAGAUGUUAAAGAGACAGAGGACCGAAUGAAAAAGAUGCAGGACACCAUGAAGAGGAAGUACACGUGCGACCGCUCCGUCACGGUCACCAGGCUGGAGGACCUCCUGCAGGACGCCGCGGAUGAGAAAGAACAGCUGGCAGAGUUCAAAACUCAUCUGGAAGGUCUGAAGCGAAGAGCCAAAACCAUCAUCCAGCUGAAGCCUCGGAAUCCUGCCACUCCGAUCAAAGGGAAACUGCCCAUCCAGGCCGUCUGCGACUUCAAACAGAUGGAGAUCACUGUUCACCGGGGAGACGAGUGCGCCCUGCUGGACAACUCGCAGCCCUUCACCUGGAAAGUUCUGAACGACAAAGGCAGCCAAGCGUCUGUGCCGUCCAUCUGUUUCCUCGUGUCACCCACCAAUAAGGACGCUGUGAACAGCGUGGCAGGGCUGGACGGGAACCUGCAGAAGCUGCAGACGAUAUGGCAGACGAUGUAUGUGGACCUGAGGAGCCUGCUGUCCUGGCAGUACUUGAUGAGGGACAUCCACAUCAUCAAGACCUGGAACAUCUCCAUGUUCAAGACCCUGAGAGUGGAGGAGUACCGGCUGGCCCUGAGGAACCUGGAGCAGCACUACCAGGACUUCCUUCGCGACAGCCAGGACUCCCAGAUGUUUGGGGCAGAGGACCGCAUGCAAGUGGAGUCCAACUACAACAAAGCCAACCAGCACUACAACACUCUGGUCACCUCUGCAGAACAAGACUUUGUGCUGCCCAGAGCAGGCGAACAAGACGAGUCUCUGUGCAGGUCUUACCUGACCAAGAUCAAAGACCUUCGCUUGAAACUGGAAGGUUGCGAAAACAGAACCGUUGCACGCCUUCGCCAGCCUAUUAACAAGGAACCUAUCAAGGCCUGCGCCCAGAAGACUGCAGAGCAAAUGAAGGUGCAGUCAGAGUUGGAAGGCUUGAAGAAAGAGCUUGGUUCUAUGGCUGAGAAGGCAGAGGAAGUCCUGGCGUCUUCCCAGCUGUCCAGCUCAGCGCCGACGCUGCAGUCUGAGCUGGACCUCACGCAGAAGAAAAUGGACCAUGUCUACAGCCUGUCUACCAUCUAUCUGGACAAGCUCAGGGGCUUGGACGUGGUCAUCAGGAACACUGAAGAUGCAGAAGACACCCUGAAGAGCUAUGAGACUCGCCUUCGAGACGUCAGCAAGGUUCCUUCUAAAGAGAAGGAAGUGGAGAACCAUCGCAGCCAGCUUAAGAAAAUGCGUUCCGAAGCAGACGACGAUCAGAAAGUGUUCGAGAACCUGCAAGAGGAGCUGAAGAAAGUGUCGGUGGUCAACGACAAGAUGAGCCGAAUCCACAGCGAGCGUGACGCUGAGCUUGACCACUACCGUCAGCUGGUCAGCAGCCUCCUGGAGCGCUGGCAGCUGGUGCUAGCCCAGCUGGACCUCCGGCAGCGCGAGCUCGAUCUCCUCAGGCGCAACAUGAAGUCCUACACCGAGAGCUACGAGUGGCUGAUCCGCUGGCUGGAGGAGGCGAGGCAGCGGCAGGAGAAGCUUCACGCUGUGCCCGUCGGAGACAGCAAGGCUCUGAAGAAGCAGCUGGCGGAGGAGAAGAAACUCCUGGAAGACAUUGAGAAAAACAAAGACAGGAUUGAGGAGUGUGAGAAAAAUGCCAAGUCUUACAUCGAUUCCGUUAAGGAUUACGAGUUCCAGAUUCUAACCUACAAAGCCCUUGAGGAUCCGAUCGCCUCGCCGCUGAAGAAACCCAAAAUGGAGUGUGCAUCCGAUGACAUCAUUCAAGAGUAUGUGACCCUGAGAACACGCUACAGCGAGCUCAUGACUCUCACCAGUCAGUACAUGAAGUUCAUCAUUGACAUGCAGCGCCGCCUGGAGGAGGAUGAGAGAACUUCAGAGAAAGAAAAAGAGGCAGAAAGAAAGCGUCUGGCCGAGAUUCAGGCUGAGUUGGACAAGCAGAAACAAAUGGCCGAAGCUCAAGCUCAGUCUGUGGCAAAGGCCGAACAAGAAGCACAAGAGCUCAAGCUCAGGAUGAAAAAUGAAGCGAGCAAGAGACAAGACGUGGCUGUGGACGCCGAGAAGCAGAAGCAGAGCAUUCAACAAGAGUUGCAGCAUCUCAAACGCAUGUCCGAACAAGAGAUCAAGUCCAAGACUCAGCAGCUGGAGGAGGCACUUAUCAGUCGCACCAAGAUCGAGGAGGAGAUCCGCAUCAUCAGGAUUCAACUUGAGUCCACCAUCAAGCAGAAGACGACGGCUGAGGACGAGCUGCAGCAGUUGAGAGACAAGGCAGGAGAGGCAGAGAGACUCCGGAAAACUGCUCAGGAGGAGGCGGAGAGGCUUCGCAAGCAGGUGGCUGAAGAGACUCAGAAGAAGAAAAAUGCAGAAGACGAGUUGAAGAAAAAAUCUGAGGCAGAAAAGGAAGCUUCCAAACAGAAGCAGAGAGCACUGGAUGACCUGCAGAAGUUACGAAUGCAAGCUGAGGAGGCGGAACGGCGAGUCAAACAGGCGGAGGAAGAGAAAGUCCGGCAGAUCAAGGUGGUGGAGGAGGUCGCGCAGAAGAGUGCCGUGGCGCAGCUACAGAGCUCGUCCGUGUCUUUUAAUGAGAAGGCAACGCGACUGGAGGCGUCUCUGGAGAAGGAGAAAGGAACAGUUCUGCAGCUGCAGGCGGAGGCCGAGCAACUGAGGAGGCAGCAAGAAGAAGCGAGGAAGGCCAGGGAACAGGCCGAGAAGGAGCUGGAAACAUGGCGACAAAAGGCCAACGAGGCGCUGCGCUUGAGGCUCCAAGCUGAAGAGGAAGCUCAGAAGAAGAGCGCGGCUCAAGAGGAGGCCGAAAGACAAAAGAUGGAGGCGGAGCGCGACGCUAAAAAAAGGGCUAAAGCUGAAGAAGCCGCUCUCAAGCAAAAAGAGAACGCUGAGAAGGAGCUGGAGAAGCAGAAGGUAUUCGCUGAAGAGGUAGCCAAACAAAAACUAUCCGCGGAGCAGGAGUGUGUUCGGCUAAAGUCCGACUUUGAACAUGCUGAGAACCAGAGAAGCUUGUUGGACAGUGAGUUCCAGCGUCUGAAAAACGAUGUCAACGCAACUGAGAAGCAGAAGAAGCAGCUGGAGGACGAGCUGGCGAAGGUCCGCAGUGAGAUGGAUGCACUGCUGCAGAUGAAAAUCAAGGCAGAGAAGGAGACACUGUCAACCAGCGAGAAGAGCAAGCAACUCCUGGAGUCCGAAGCCUUGAAGAUGAAACUGCUGGCAGAAGAAGCAGCCAGACUCAGAUCCGACGCAGAAGAGGCGAAGAAGCAGAGGAAGAGCGCGGAGGAUGAGGCCACGCGACAGAGAGCAGAGGCAGAGAAGAUCCUGAAGGAGAAACUGGCUGCCAUUAAUGAGGCGACUCGUCUCAAGACUGAAGCGGAGAUGGCUCUGAAGGCGAAGGAGGCGGAGAAUGAGCGGCUCAAGAGGCAAGCGGAGGAUGAAGCAUACCAGAGGAAGAUGCUGGAGGAUCAGGCGGCGCAGCACAAACAAGACAUCGCAGAGAAAAUCACUCACCUGAAGAGCUCCUCGGACUCCGAGCUAGUCAGGCAGAAGACCAUCAUCGAGGAGACCUUACGACAAAAGAAAAUCGUCGAGGAAGAAAUCCACAUUAUUAAGAUCAACUUUGAGAAAGCGUCCAAGGAGAAGGCGGAUCUGGAAGGCGAACUGAAGAAACUGAAGGGCAUCGCUGAGGAGACUGAGAGGAGCAAACUCAAAGCUGAAGACGAAGCCGAAAGGCUGAAACAACUCGCCGCCGAGGAGGAGAAGAAACGACGGGAAGCUGAGGAGAAAGUCAAGAGGAUCACAGCGGCAGAGGAAGAAGCCGCGUGGCAAUGCAAAGCGGCUCAAGAGGAAGUGGAACGUCUCAAGAAGCUGGCAGCCGAGGCCAGCCAGCUGAAGGAGAAGGCAGAGCAAGAGGCACAGCGCCAGGUUGUUCUGGUGAAAGAGGCGGUUCAGAAGCGAAGUGCCGCCGAGCUGAAGGCUCAGGAUGUUCUCACUAAGAACAAGAAGGAUAGUCUCUCUCAGGAAAAGAUGAAGGAAGAGUUUGAAAACGCUAAAAAGCUUGCGCAGGCAGCGGAGCUCGCCAAAGAAAAAGCCGAGAAAGAGGCUGCUUUGCUCCGCCAGAAAGCAGAAGAGGCUGAGAAACAGAAAAAGAAUGCAGAGGACGAGGCGGCCAAACAGGCUAAAGCUCAAAAGGAUGCAGAGAGGCUGAGGAAAGAAGCGGAGGGAGAGGCGUCCAAGCGAGCAGCAGCCGAGGCGGCGGCUCUGAAGCAAAAGCAGCAGGCGGAUGCGGAGAUGACCAAACACAAGAAGGAAGCGGAGCAGGCGCUGAAACAGAAGUCACAGGUGGAGAAGGAGCUGUCCACCGUGAAGCUGCAGCUGGACGAAACUGACAAACAGAAAGCUGUGCUGGACGAGGAGCUCCAGCGCGUCAAGGGGGAAGUGAGCGACGCUGUUAAGCAAAAAGAGCUUGUGGCGGAGGAGCUGUCCAAGAUCAAGAUUCAGAUGGACGAGCUCCUCAAACUGAAGCUCAAGAUUGAGGUGGAAAACCAGCGUUUGAUGCAGCAGGACAAGGACAGCUCGCAGAAGUUGCUGGAGGAGGAGGCGGAGAAAAUGAAGGGUCUGGCCGAGGAAGCGUCUCGGCUCAGCCUCGCUGCGGAGGAAGCGGCUAGACAACGGCAGCUGGCUGAGGCUGACUUGGCUGAACAGAGGGCGCUUGCGGAAAAGAUGCUGAAGGAGAAGAUGCUGGCCAUUCAGGAGUCGACCAAACUGAAGGCUGAGGCGGAGAAGCUCCAGAAACAGAAGGACCAGGCGCAGGAGAAGGCCAAAAAGCUCCUGGAGGACAAGCAGCAGAUCCAGCAACGGCUCGACAAGGAAACAGAAGACUUUCAAAAGUCACUGGAAGCCGAGAAAAAGAGGCAACUGGAGGUGUCGGCCGAGGCUGAGAAGCUGAAGCUGAGAGUGAAGGAGCUCAGCGAUGCUCAGGCUAAAGCCGAGGACGAGGCUAAGAAGUUCAAAAAGCAGGCAGAUGAGGCCAAAGCUCUUCUUCAAGAUACAGAGAAACAAACCAGUCAAGCCGUUGCUCAGAAGCUGGAGUCACAGAGGCUGCGGAGCACCAAAGAGGCCGAUGACUUGAAGAAAGCCAUCGCUGAGCUUGAAAAAGAGCGUGAAACCCUGCGAAAACAGUCCGAGGAGCUUCAGCAGAAGUCCAAAGAGAUGACAAACACCCAACAAGAGCAAAUAGAGCAACAGAAGGUGCUCCAGCAGACGUUCAUCUCUGAAAAAGAAUUGUUGCUGAUCAAACAGAAGUCGGUGGAGGAGGGGAAAAAGAAGUUGGAGAAGCAGCUGGAGGAGGAAGUGAACAAGGCGAAGGCCCUCAAAGAAGAGCAGGAACGUCAACUGAAGCUCAUGGAGGAAGAGAAGAAGAAACUGCAAGCAAUAAUGGACGACACAGUCAAGAAACAAAAGGAGGCCGAAGCGGAGAUGAAGAACAAGCAGAAGGAAAUGGAUGCACUUGAAAAGACGAGGAAGGAGCAGGAGAAAUCCUUGGAAGAGGAAAACAAGAAGCUCAGAGAGAAACUACAGGAUCUUGAGGUCACAUCGAAACGAGGCACACCUGCGAUGAAUGAAACGGAUGCCCAGACGGUCAGGGGUGUUCAGGAACAGGUGGUUACCGUGACAACAGUGUCGACCACAAAGGAGGUCUACAACGGCUCGGUUGAUGUGGACGGGUCCAGGAAAGAAACGGAGCCACCAUUUGCUUUUGAUGGAAUAAGAGAGAAGGUCCCUGCUCAAAGGCUCCACGACAUUGGUGUUUUGUCCAAGAAAGAAUUCGACAAACUGAAAAAGGGCAAAGUCUCCGUGCAGGAACUUGGAAAGACUGACAAGGUUAAGUCAUGCCUGAAGGGGAUCAACAGUAUUGGUGGCGUUCUGACUCCAACCAAAGAGAAGAUGAGCGUCUAUCAGGCCAUGACUGAGAACAAACUGGCGCCUAACUUUGCUGCAAUGCUUCUGGAAGCCCAAGCAGCGUCUGGUUACCUGGUAGAUCCAGCUAAAAACAAACAGCUGUCUGUGGACGAAGCCGUCAAAGACGAGUUGAUCGGUCCAGAGCUGCAUGAAAAGAUGCUUCUGGCUGAGAGGGCGGCCGUUGGAUUCAAAGAUCCCUAUACUGGAGUCAAAAUUUCUCUAUUCGAGGCAAUGAAAAAGGGGCUUAUCGAUAAGGAUCAGGCACUCAAAUUCCUCGAUGUCCAACUUGCAACAGGUGGUGUAAUUGACCCCGUGAACAGCCACAGAGUUCCGCUGCAGACCGCAUACAAGCAGGGCCAGCUCGAUGAAGACACCAACAAAAAAGUCACAGCGCCCACCGAUGACUGUAAGCUUUUCAUAGACCCCAGUACGAAAGAGCAACUUACGUACAAGAUGUUGCUGGAGAGGUGCACCAAGGAUGCAGACUCAGGUCUUCUGAUGCUGCCAAUAACCGAGAAAGCCGCUGAAAGUGAAAGAACGCGCACAGACGUGGAAGUGAAAGAGGUCCUCAGUAAGUCUAAUGUUGACGUGCCGUUCGGAAGGUUCAAAGGAAAGACUGUGACCAUUUGGGAGGUGAUUAACUCCGAGUAUUUCACUGAGGAGCAGAGACGAGAGCUGAUUCGCCAGUACAAGACCGGCAAGAUCACUGUGGAGAAGAUCAUCAAAAUUGUCAUCACUGUCGUGGAAGACAAAGAGAAGAAUAAUCAGAAUAUGUUCAGUGGGUUGAGAGCGUCUAUCUCCCCCAGUGAGCUGUUGGAGUCCAAAGUCAUAAACAAGGACUUGUUCAACAAGUUAAGCAACGGCAAGGUGACCGUUAAAGAAGUGUCUGAGAUGGAGGACGUGAAGAAGGCACUGCAAGGAACACCAAGCAUCGCUGGGCUCCUGGAUGAAAAAUCCAAGAAGAAAAUGUCUUUUUAUCAGGCCAUUAAAAAAGACCUUGUGUCUCCGGAAACUGCGCUUUAUCUUCUGGAAGCGCAGGCAGCGACUGGAUUCAUAAUCGACCCGGUCAAGAAUGAGCGAAUGCCCGUGGAUGAGGCUGUUAAGUCUGGACUUAUCGGCCCGGAGCUCCAUGAGCGACUCCUGUCGGCGGAGAGAGCCGUCAGCGGCUACAGUGACCCCUACUCAGGGAAGAAAGUGUCCCUGUUUGAAGCCAUGGACAAAGGUCUUAUCAAGAAAGAGCAUGGCGUUCGUCUGAUAGAAGCUCAGCUUGCAACAGGUGGGAUCAUCGACCCCAUCAAAAGCUAUCGCAUUCCUGCCGAGGUUGCUUGCAAACGUGGCUACUUUGACGAAGAAUUCAGCAAAAAAUUAAACAUGAUAACGGAUGAGACAAAAGUCUAUUCUGAUCCCAACUCGCGGGAGGAUGCCACGUAUGCUCAGCUGCUGGAUAAAUGCCUCACCGAUGGAGAAACCAAUCUGCCAUUGCUCCCCCUCUCAAAGACGGCCUCAAAGCCAAAGAAGGAUCAGCAAAUUACCGAGGCAAAAACAAAAGAGACGUUGGAGAAUAGAACCAUGGCGCUGGAGUAUGGGCCUUUCAAGGGACAAAAAGUCACAAUCUGGGAGAUCAUUCACUCCGAAUACAUCACAGAGGAGAAGAGGAUAGAGCUGAUCCGCCAGUUCAGAAUGGGUCAUGUGACUAUUGAGGAGUUGAUAAAGAUUGUCAUCACUAUGGUCGACGAAAAGGCCGAAAAAGCUAAAGAGCAGGUGUGCCUUGAAGGCCUGAGGGCGCCCGUCCCUGCAAGAUCACUGUUGGAUUCCAACAUCAUCGAUCAGGCCACGUUUGACCAGCUCCAGGCCGGAACCAAGACACCCAAAGAUGUGAGUGGCUCUGAUAAGGUUCGGAAGUAUCUGCAAGGCACAGACCGUAUUGAUGGCAUCACACUUGGGGACUCCAAUGAGCAGCUAGGGAUCUACCAAGCUAUGAAAAAGGAGGUUUUGCAGCACAACACUGGGCUGGCUCUCUUGGAGGCCCAAGCUGCGACUGGUUUCAUAACUGAUCCUGUGAAAAAUCUGAAGUACUCAGUAGAUGAUGCAGUGAAAGCUGGAGUCGUGGGUCCUGAGCUUCAUGAGAAACUCCUCUUGGCAGAGAAGGCUGUGACUGGAUACAGGGAUCCGUACACAGGCAACAAGAUCUCUCUGUUCCAAGCAAUGAAGAAGGAGCUGGUUCUGAGAGAGCAUGCCAUUCCGCUUCUGGAGGCCCAGUCAGCCACAGGAGGGAUCAUCGAUCCACUUUGCUCCCUUCAUCUUCCAAACGAUGUGGCCAUCAAGCGAGGGUACCUCAGUAAACAAAUGGCCAAGUCUUUCGAAGAACCCUCCGGUGACAUUAUGGGUUUUGUCGAUCCAAACACCAACGAAAGCGCUACCUACAAGCAGCUGCUGGGAAAAUGUGUGCAGGACCCGUACUCUGGUCUUUGCUACCUCCCUCUGUCCAAAGCGGAGGCUCCUGCUCCCGUUGAAAAGUCCUAUCAGUACACCGAGGAGCAAGCUCAAAACGAUCUGGCAAACACUCAAAUCGACAUCCCCCACAAGAGUUUUGCAGGGAAAAGUAUGACUAUUUGGGAAAUUAUGAACUCAAACAUGCUUCCUGAGGAGGAGCGGCGCCGCCUGUUGGAGCAGUAUCGCUUGGGCCAAAUCACCAAGGAGCGAAUGCUCAUCAUAAUCAUUGAAAUAGUUGAACAAAGGGAGACGCUGAAGUCUGAGCAAAGCAUGUCAUGCGAUGUGAUCAGAAGGAGAGUUACGAUCGAAGAGCUAUACAGCGCUCGCAUCAUCGACCUUGACACCUACAACCUCCUCAAACAAGAGAAAAUGACCAUCCGAGAGGUCAUGGAAAUGCCAUCUGUGAAGCAGUACCUCUUCGGCACUGGUUGUAUUGCUGGAAUAAUGUCAGACAGCCCGCCUAAAAUUAGCAUCUAUCAAGCGAUGAAGGCUGGAAAGAUCCAACCGGAAGUCGCUUUGAAUCUUCUCGAGGCUCAGGCAGCAACCGGGUUCAUCAUUGAUCCGAUUAAAGAUGAACUUUUAACUGUUGAUGAAGCCGUGCGCAAGGGUCUGGUGGGUCCCGAACUCCAUGACAAGCUGCUCUCUGCUGAGCGGGCAGUCACAGGAUACAAGGAUCCAUACAGUGGAAAAGUCAUAUCCCUUUUCCAGGCAUUCAAGAAAGACCUGGUUCCUGAGGAUUAUGCUUUAAGGCUUCUAGAGGCACAGAACGCCACUGGUGGACUGAUGGACCCUGAAUACAACUUCCGCUUGCCCAACGAUGUUGCGAUGCAGCGUGGCUACAUCAACAAGGAGACGCUGGACAGAAUAUCAGAUCCUUCCGGGGAUGUCCGAGGUUUCCUUGAUCCAACAACAGAUGAGAAACAGUCCUACACUCAGCUGCUGAAGAGAUCCCGAGUGGAUAAGGAAAGUGGUCUGAGGCUCCUUUCUCUGGCCGACAGGAGGCUUCUCUUCAAAGGCCUUAGAAAGCAAAUCACUGUGGAUGAGUUGCUUCGUGCUCAGAUCAUCAACCAGGAGACCUUCAACCAGUUGACAGAAGGUUCCAUUACAGUGGAGGAAGUCAGCAGGAAUGUUAAAAAGUAUCUUGAGGGCACCAGCUGCAUCGCCGGUGUGUAUGUGGAAUCCAGCAAAGAUCGUCUGUCCAUCUACCAAGCCAUGAAGAAAAACAUGAUCAGACCGGGAACUGCCUUUGAGCUGCUUGAGGCUCAAGCUGCAACAGGAUACGUUAUUGACCCAAUCAAAGGCCUGAAGCUGAACGUCAAUGAGGCCAUUAAGAUGGGCGUUGUCGGUCCGGAGUUUAAGGACAAACUUCUCUCCGCUGAGCGGGCGGUGACUGGGUACAGAGAUCCCUAUUCCGGCAAAGUUAUCUCACUAUUCCAGGCCAUGAAAAAGGGGCUAAUUCUGAAAGACCAUGGCAUUCGCCUACUAGAGGCCCAGAUCGCAACAGGCGGCAUCAUCGACCCGCAGGAAAGCCAUCGGCUGCCCGUCGAAACGGCGUACGAGCGCGGUCUGUUUGAUGAGGAAAUGAAUGAAAUCCUCACUGAUCCAUCGGACGACACCAAAGGCUUCUUCGACCCAAACACCGAGGAGAAUCUCACGUACUUGCAGUUAAUGGAAAGAUGCAUGAUCGACCCAGAAACCGGCCUGGCGCUCUUGCUGCUGAAAGAGAAGAAGCGGGAGAGGAAGACGUCAUCCAAAUCCUCUGUUCGCAAACGCAGAGUUGUCAUCGUGGACCCAGAGUCAGGGAAGGAGAUGUCGGUGUACGAGGCGUACCAGAAAGGACUCAUCGACCACCAGACGUACCUAGAACUCGCAGAGCAAGAAUGCGAAUGGGAGGAGAUCACAAGAACCUCGUCUGAUGGAGUUGUCAAGUCUGUGAUCAUCGACAGAAGGUCGGGCCGACAGUAUGACAUCGAUGACGCCAUCACCAAGGGCUUGAUUGAUAAGUCGGCUCUGGAUCAGUACCGAGCAGGGUCUCUGUCCAUCACAGAGUUCGCGGACAUGCUUUCAGGGAACAUGAGUGGGAGCCGGUCCCGUUCAUCCUCUUUUGGUUCCUCUUCAUCCUAUACUUCCAGUCCAGCACCGUCUAUCAAAACCCCUCCCACCACGUGGAACGACCCGACGGAGGAGACGGGACCCGUGGCCGGAAUCCUGGACACAGACACGUUAGAGAAAGUGUCCAUCACAGAGGCGAUCCACAGAAACCUGGUUGAUAAUAUCACUGGUCAGAGGCUGCUUGAAGCUCAAGCCUGCACCGGAGGCAUCAUUGACCCAAACACCGGAGAGAAGUUCUCCGUCGCUGAUGCCAUGAACAAAGGACUGGUCGAUAAAAUCAUGGUGGACCGGAUCAGUCUCGCCCAAAAGGCAUGCAACGGAUUUGAGGAUCCACGGACGAAGAGCAAAAUGUCCGCAGCUCAGGCCUUGAAGAAAGGCUGGCUGUACUAUGAGGCCGGGCAGAGAUUCUUAGAAGUCCAGUACCUCACAGGAGGUCUAAUCGAACCAGAUGUCACCAACAGAGUCCAGCUGGAGGAGGCCCUGGCCAAAGGCACAUUGGAUGCACGUACGGCCCAGAAGUUGAGAGACGUCAGCGCCUACUCCAAAUACCUCACCUGUCCCAAAACCAAGCUCAAGAUCUCCUACAAGGACGCAAUGGAGAGGAGCAUGAUAGAAGAGGGAACCGGGUUGAGACUACUGGAAGCGUGUUCCCAGUCAAGCAAAGGCCUCUACAGCCCCUACAGCAUCAGCGGGUCCGGCUCAGCCACUGGCUCCCGGUCCGGUUCCAGGUCUGGCUCCAGGUCCGGCUCACGGAGAGGCAGUUUCGACGCGACUGGAUCAAGCUUCACGACAACCUUCUCCUCCUCCUCCUCCUCCUACACUUCACCAAGCUACAGCCGCAGAUACUAAUGUCAAAGGAACAUAGAAACAGAGGCAGCUGUGUUUUUGCUCUGCAUCAGGCCAUUACAUGUUAUAUUGUAUAAAAAAAGACACACAAGCUAUCAAAUAUGUGCAUAAGACAUGUUUGUUUGAAGUUGUUCAAUGUUCUCAAUGUAAGAAGCGCUUCUCAUUUUUUACAGUUUGUAAUCUGAUUCACGCCUUUCUAUGAUAAUUUAAGAAAUUUAAGACAUUUAUUUUGCCUAGAUGAAGCGUUUUUACACUCAUCUGAAGACCACGUGACCCACUACAGGCGAAAAGCAUUGCUGUACAAACUACAUUCUGUGUACAUUUGUAUAUUUUGAGGCGAUAUAGGUAGCUGAGGAAAAUUCCAUGGCCUAUGCAGAGCAGAAUAACAGCGGGGGGAGGCAAGGGGGGACCCUCUUAGCCGCCAAUCGUUUAUGGAACAAUGCCUUUUUUACUCAACAUCCUCCAAAAAAUGGACCUUCAGAACCAAAUAUCGACUCCAACUGACAAUCUGGACAUUUCAAGACCACCCUGGAAACAAUCAGACCCAGCGCUUCCAGACACUUGAAUGGAUUGUUCCUCCUUCAUCUUCAGCCGCGCACUUCGUUGUUUUUUAUGCAAACAAUGGGAAGCCUACACUUAAAAAGAGGACUGAUCUCACUGUACUCACAAGCCAUCCAGUCCUCCUCACAGACCACUGACAUCUAACCUGAAACACCUGCUUUGUAAGUGCCUGCAAGAUUCAAUGCUUUAGCUGAAUGAUAUUAUCAGGUACGACGCCGUGGAGCGUCGCUAUGUUCGCCAAGAACUGACACCCUUUCAUUUCAACACACUGGGAGACGCAGACUUAAAAUGUACGUAUGCCGUGUUCCUAACUGUAGAUCUCGAUUGCUGGAAGUUUUUUUUUUUUUGUUGUUUUUAUUUUUUGGCCGCAAGACCCAGUAUGUCGCUGUUUUUCGUUUGACGUUCCUUUGACGACCAACAUUUAUUUUCUUUUGCAUGACUUACUAACCAGCAGCACUUCAGUUUAUCUCUUAAAGAAUGUUUUGUUAUCCGCUUCAGAGGGUGGAACUGCCCCAGGUUCCCUGGAACAGUUCGCUCCAGCCUUUCUUAAAAGUAUUUAUAACAGAAAAUGGUGACAAGGAAUUUUAUUUUAACACCAUAUAAUGUGUAAAUAAAGAUGGGAAUGAGA